AUGGCAUCAAAUAGCACCGACGAUAUGUUCACGAAGAAAAGAAAGGCUGAGGAACGAAAACUCAUAGAAGAAAUCCGCUACAAACGCUCAUGUAUCAGACUAGCCGCAACGUUCCCAGCUGAAGAAGAAAUUCAGAAGAAGAUUCGUAAUUUUUUAAAAGUUAUUGUAAUGCUAACUCGGUCCAAUAACCUCUCCGAUAUGUUUACUAAAACCCGAGGAAAAAGACCUCAACAUUUCGCAAAGGUGGAGGCAACGCUCUACAAGUGUCGCUUAGAGCAGGUUCAUCAAGCGGCCAAUAUUACGAUGGAAAGAAUCGGCGCCGCUGCCCAAGGACUAUCGCUUACGUACGAUUUGUACGGACUACUUGUGAUGGCAGACAAUAACUUGGCAAACGAGUUUUUUAAUGACACGGAGGAAGGAGUAGCAUUGGAACCUAGCUUUACCGCCGACUUCAUAUGCAAAGAAGUCGAGUUCAUCAAGGAAUUUCGAAGUCAAGUGGAAACCGAAAUCAGAGAAGCUGAGCUUCAAGAGCAAAGAGAGAACCACAUCAACGCCUUCGUCCAGACCAAAGAAGAAAUAGAGCAUCUCUAUUGCGAAUUUAAACAGUAUUAUACGGAAAUUAAGGGGCAUGCCCGUAGGCUGAGCGAAAACGUUCAUAGCAUCGAGGAAGAACUUCGUCGAGAUUUCAAACAAGGCUUUGCCGAAAUCGAUAAACGGAUUACUAAUCAGAACGAAAACACUCAUAGCAUCAAGGAGGAACUUCGCCGUGACUUCAAACAAUACUUCGCCAAACUCAAUAAAAGGAUUACUAACCAGAGCGAAAAUAUCAAUAGCAUGCGGGAAAAUCUCCACCGCGAGUUUGGACAAUGCCGUAAAGAAAUAGAGGAGCAGAUUCGUGACUAA